AUGUCUACACACUCUGCAGUUGCGACAGUAGCCAAGAAAGCACGUCUUGGCAUAAUCCAAGUUCCUACUGCUACUCCAGUAGAGCAGCAAGUCCGUGUCCGUGUCGAGUGGACAGCUUCUACGCCCUUGGACCUUCAUCAGAACGAUGGCGCUUUGCUCGUGAAGCAUCCCCAAGUUCUUGGUGACAGUGUAGCUGGUACAGUAGUCGAAUUGGGGCCAGAUGCUAAGAGACUACAAGUUGGGGAUAAGGUCUUCGGCUUCACCUGGAGGACUCAAGUAGAAAAGGCUCAUCAAGAAUUCUGCACAACAGACGAAUGGCUCUUGGCGAAGUUACCAGACGGUUUCACUCUGGCCGAAGCUGUAACGUUACCCAACAACUUCGUGACAGUAUUCCAUUCCUUCACAGCCGAUCUGGCUCUCGAAAUGCCCUGGCCAAAGAACGAGUCUUAUGUGCCAGGUAAUGUUGAUGUACCGAUAUUAAUCUGGGGUGGCUCCUCGUCCGUCGGCCAGUUCGCCAUCCAGAUUUUGCACUACUACGGCUAUAGGAACAUCCUGACAACGGCGUCUCGAAAGCACCACGAGAAACUACGCAACCUUGGUGCAACCCAAGUAUUCGAUUACAAUAGUGCAGAUGUUGUUGCAUGCAUUUCAAACGCUGGUGGUGACGAGGGCAUUCCUUUGAUUUAUGACUGCAUCGGCAGCCAGAGCGGUAGCAUCGCACCAAUCGCCAAGAUCGCGAAACCUAGAUCGAAGGUUGCAAUACUGCUACCGGUGAUAUUGCGCGAUUCAACCGAGACGCAGGAUCCAGAAUAUGAGAUGGAUGUGGGCAAAGUGGCAGAGUGGAGCGAUGGUGUCGACGUCAGGGGCGUGCGAACGCACUUCUACCUAAACCCCGACAUCAUGCCCGCUAUGUUGAAGGCCGGUGUCGUGACACCACAGAAGCAAAGGAUGAUAGAUGGUGCGACACUGCUGGAGAGAGCACAAAAUGCGAUGGACAUGCUGAGACGUAAAGACGUGAGUAUGGAACGCCUUGUGUGGCGCGUCAGUGAGACGUAA